AUGGAGGAUCUUCCUCAGGCUCACCGCUGCUCAGAUGAGGACAUCGAGUGCGAGCGUGCUUUCGCAGACCACCGACGCGCCGCGGACGGACGGUACAUCGUGCGCCUCCCGCUGAAGGGCAGCAGUUCGCUUCUUCUUGGCGACAGUCUUCAGAGCGCCAAGGCCUCCUUGGCAGCCCUGCAACGCCGGCUUCGGCGAAGGCCCGAUAUGGCUGUGGAGUAUAGUCGAUUCAUGGCUGAUUAUCUCACGAUGGGCCACAUGCGCCCGCUCACCAGCGCUGAACUUGCAGCUACAGCUGGGCCCGUCAACUACAUCCAUCAUCAUGGCAUCUGGCAGCAUGCUGAUCGCGGGCGCAAGCUCCGAGUAGUCUUCAACGCGUCCAACCCAACUUCCAGUGGCCACAGCUUGAAUGACGUCCUCCACGCUGGACCCAGACUUCAAGCCGCGCUCCCAUCGGUGCUCAUGCGCUGGCGGCGGCACCGCAUCGCCUUCUGCAGCGACAUCCGCAUGAUGUUCCGGCAGAUUUGGAUCGACUACCGUGACGUCAACCUGCAGCGGAUCGUCUGGGCUGCCGAUCCCAGCCAGCCUCCAACCCACUACCAGCUGCUCACUGUGACUUACGGCGAAUCGUGCUCGCCUUACCUGUCGCUGCGUACCCUCCAACAGCUAUGCCAGGACGAAGGCCACAACUGGCCCGAAGCUGUGUCAGCCGCCCUGUGUGACCACUACGCCGACGACUUUCUCUCCGGGGCCGACGACGUCACCGCGGCUCGGCGCCUCCGCGACCAGCUGAGCGGGCUCAUGAAGGCCGGCGGCUUUCCCCUGCGGAAGUGGGUGGCCAAUGUCCGCGAGCUGCUCGACGAUCUGCCUGACGACGUCCGCUUACGUCCGACCUGGGAGCAGCUCAGCGCUGAAGGCCUAGUCAGCGAGCUCGGGGUCAAGUGGGAUCCACCGUCGGACUGA